CCUACCUGAAGCUAAGGUUAUCAGGGCUUGUAGAUGGUGAAAUCGUGGAUUAAAUGGGUAAAUGGUUUAGGGCUUUGGUAGGGAUUGUUUAUGGACGGCAUUCUUGUCGUUAGGGAUGAUUCCGGUGGAGUUUACAAAGUGAAAACGUACCUAAAUGGGUGAUAAUUGAAUGUCCGCUAUAUGCCCCGUGGAACCCUCUACCAUCAUUUACACAAAGCAGAGACUCCUUUAAAUUGGGUGCAACGACUGAAGAUAGCCAUUGGUGCUGGCCGUGGAUUGGAUUACCUUCACACUGGUGUUGGUACCCAACACGGAGUGAUACAUCGUGAUGUGAAGAGCUCGAACAUUCUUUUGAAUGAGAACUGGGAUGCUAUGAUAUCAGAUUUUGGGUUGUCCAAAAUUGGCCCAACCAAUCAAUCAUCAUCUUAUGUUGAUGCAAGUGUUAAAGGCACAUUCGGGUAUCUGGAUCCAGAAUAUUUCUAUACCAGAAAGCUGACAAGAAAAACAGAUGUGUAUGCAUUUGGGGUUGUAUUGUUUGAAUUGCUAUCAGGGAGGCUUGCAGUCGAUGAACGCAACAGUGAGGACCAAUGUAGCUUGGUAAGAUGGGCUCAAAAGUGUGUGAAAGAACGGAAAUUAGAUCAAAUGGUUGAUCCUAAUAUCAAGGGAACAAUUUUUCCCAAAUGUUUAAAACGGUUUGCACAAAUUGCGUACCGUUGUUUGCUUAGUGUUCUAAAGGAACGUCCAACCAUCGCUGAGGCUGUGGUCUCACUUCAGGCUUUACUUGAACUACAACAGAGACAUGAAAAUUCAGCUGAACCAUCAGGCAUAACUGGAUUCACUUGGAAGAUUCAUAAGUAUCUUGUUUUGGCAACUAAACAGAACUCUGACCAAAGUGGCACAAGUUCAUCAAAGAGCCAUAUAAACAUGAAUCGGGGCUCUUCAACUAACAAGGAUGGCAACAAUCAAGGUAAAAUGCAUCGUCAGCCUUGGGAAUCAUUGGUUACAGAUCUUAAAUGUUUCACGUAUUAUGACCUGAUGCGUGCUACUGAGAACUUGGGAGAUGACAAGAGGUAUCUGAAGGUUUACAAAGGUUGGAUCGAUAAAACAACAUAUUCCCCCACAGAAGAUAAUACCGGAUUGGCAAUUGCUGUUAAGAGAAUUGACUUCUACACAACUGCACGCUGGUUGCAUUUGAAAGAAUUUAAGCACCCCAACCUUGAAAAGCUCAUAGGAUAUUGCUUCGAAGACCAACUACGCAAACAAUUGUUCCUUGUGUAUGAAUUCAUGCCUAACGGAAACUUUAAUAAUCUCCUGAAUAGUGGUGUGGUAUCACGACUUCCGUUGGUUAUAAAGGUGAAAAUAGCAGUAGGAAUUGCCCGAGGUCUUGUUUUCUUGCACAAGACACAAUAUCAAUUUAAUGUCUUUGAGUAUCGGCUUGACAGACACAUGAUAUUACUGGAUCAGGUAUCUAUGAGCUAUUUUUCCUAUAGGCAUUGGAAAAAAAUUUAGUAUGUUUUCAUGUGAAUCCCAUGUUCAAUUAUUAAACUAGACUUAGGAUUUACUAAUACAUGAAUGGCAAUUAAUGUCGUUAUGUUAUAUGGAGUGAAUAUUAUAAAAUAAUCACCAACUUGAAGGAGUGGGGGAACCAAAAACUUUUAUAAGAGGUGGCAUACAAAAAUCCGGAUAAAAGAUAGUGAAGUAGU